AUGUCUAGAAAACGCUCGCGGGAGGAGGCGGGCCUCACCGCUGAGGAGGAGGCUCAGCUGCUCCAUGCUGGCCCACACACAGAAGGCGGCUUCUUGCAACUGCAGGCCAAGGAGCUUGUGGCAGCGCGUGUGGUGGAAUAUGCACGGGAGGAUGCCCUUGAAACCGUGCUGAGGAGGCUUCAGACCACACUCGCCAAAAUUGAUCAGCGCACCGUCGCAGAGCCGACCAAGGAAGUGAAACAAUAUCUAGAGCUUCAUGGCAUGCCUCAGCGGCCGCUGCGAUUCCAACCACCAACUUCAGUCGUCCCCAUCGGCAGCUGGGCUGCGCGCACAAUGGCGCAGCCGAGCGCCACAGUGGAUGUUGCCGUGGAGAUGCCACGGGCCUGCUUUGACGAGAAGGACCAUCUGAACGGCCGCUACUUUGCGCGGCGCGCUCAGUACCUUGGAGAGCUGGCGGCCGCGCUGCGAAAGAAGCCCAGUUUCCGGCAGGUCUCCUGGGAGUUCCUGGGCCACGACGCCAGGAAGCCAGUGCUUCUAAUCAGGCCGCAGCCCAAGGGGCACGACAAACCUCUACAUUUUUCCAUUCGCUUGAUCCCCACCGUUGCCCCCGGGAUGUUCACCCUGCAGAAACUGGCGCCCGAUCGCAACUGCCUCCGGCCGACAAACGGCGACGCGGCCGCCCCGGAUGAGGAACGCGCUAAAGAGCUGCCACCCACGCCGCUGUACAACACCGCUCUGCUGCAGGACAUGCUAGCGGAUGUGCACCAGGCAGCGCUCCAGGAGGCCAUCACAGCACUGCCGCAGCUUGCAGACGCCAUCAUACUCCUGAAGGUGUGGGCAAGGGCGCAGGGACUGGAGCAGGAGCCAGACACCUUCAAUGGCUUCCUGCUGUCGAUGCUGGCCGCCCAACUGGCCAACAAUGGCACCAUGACGCAGGCAAUGAGCCCGCUGCAGGCAGCGCGGGCGGUGAUGCAAGCGCUGAGUAACCCGGCCACGUUCUCACGCGGCGUUGCUAUGCAGCGCCGGGAUUGCGCUGCGGCCGGCCAGCCGCCGGCGGCCGCUGUGUGGAGGGAACAGCACGGGACGGUCUUUGUCGACCCCAGCGGCUUCCUCAAUCUGGCUGCCCGUGUGUCGCAGAGCGGCCUUGCACAGGCGCAGCAGGCGGCCAAGCGGGCAGUGGCGCUGCUGGAUCAUCCGACGGACGCGGUGGACGUUUUCGAGGCCGUAUUCCUCACCCCUCAGGCAAGAGGCGCGCCCUAUGAAGCGUUCUGGCGCGUUUCAUCACCCCUGCCGGAGAGCGCAGCAUCCCGUGAAUAUGACAGCCCGCCUUGGAGGGAGUUGGAGUCACGAGUGGAGUCGUUAGUCGCUCAAGCACUGGGCGCACGGGCAACUGCGGUGCGCGCAUUUCGGCGGCGGCUGCAGGGCGCGCCUUGUCUGGCAGGGGAUGUGCCAGCUGGCGACAAGAUGGAGAUCCUACUGGCUGCUCAGAUGGAUCCUGCGACUGCCCAGAGGGCACAGGACGUGGGCCCGCCUCUGGACAGCCCCAAAGCAGCCGCCUUCCUGGACUUCUGGGGCGAAGACAUCGCUGACAAGACCCGCUUUCAGGAUGGCUACAUGGCGUACGCAGUCACCUGGGAGCAGCCAGGGGCGGCGUCUGCGACCAGGCACGCCAUCGCAGACAGGGCGGUGGCCCACGCCGUAACCAGGCACCUCGGGCCGGAAGCACAGGUCAGCGGCCACGCAGAUCUGCUGGACGAGGCGCUGACGCAGAAGGGCACGCCCCCGGACGCCCUGGCCGGCGCCCACAGGACGAUCACGGCGGCUGCGAGGAACCUGACGACGAAGCUUCGCGCGGCUUCCGCGCUGCCGCUGCGCGUCGUGUCGGUGCAGCCGCUGUCGGCUGCGCUGCGCGACACUGCGGCGUUCCCCCCGCUGGUCCACCCGCUCGCCACAGCAAAGCUCAGCAGUGGCGCCGACCGGGGGGACCUCGGCCGUGUCCCCCGCUGCCUGGAACCCCUGGAGCUGCUCGUGCAGCUGGAGGGCUCAGGGCGGUGGCCUGACCAUCCAGAGGCGUUCCUGAAGGCCAAGGCGGCCAUGGGGUGCCAGCUGGCGGAUGAGCUGGCGUCCGGCUUUGGCAUGCGCGCGUCGGCAUCCCAGCACUGCGUGGACGUCUUUGCUGAGGGCUACGCCUUCCGCCUGUACCUCUCCAGCGACAGGGACCAGGCGAUGGCAGCCAAGCUGGGCAGCCGGGAGGAUGCGUUCCCGGACGGGCCGGCCGCUCAACUGGCGGCUGCCGCCAGUCACACAACUUUGCAGCGGCGAGCGGCGCACCACGGGCUCAUGUCAGCGCUGGCCGGGUCUGCACCAGCGUUACCUGCAGUCGCCCGCCUGGCGCAGCGUUGGCUGGGCGCGCAGAUGCUUAGUAACCACUUCUGCCCGGAAGCCGGCGAGCUGCUCACCGCGGCUGCCUUCUCCCCAGAUCGCGGCACGCGUCUGGGCGGCUUCAUGCGGUUUCUGCACCUGGUUGCCUCUUUGGGCGAGCGGGGGGCGCGCGCCGUUGUAGUAGAUCCUGACAGCAGCAUGAAAGAGGCCGACCGCGCAGCUGCACUGACAUCUCUUUCAAAGGCUGCUCGCGAGGGAACGGCGCCGUCCCUGGCACUGGUGACCCCCUAUGACCCGCUCUCUGAGGCGUGGACCCGACAGCGGCCGAGCGCCGCAAUUGUGCGGAGGGCCGCUGCUCUGGCGGGCCGGUCACUCACCGUACUCCAGGAGCACAUAGAGCUCGGGCGUCACACAUCCGCGGCUGUGCGCGCGGCCGUCUUCGGCCCGGCCAUCGCGGAUUUUGAUGCGUUACUAAUGCUUCGGCGCGACGCGCUUCCCUCGGCCGACAGGGCGGCCCAGGGAGCGAAGGCGCUGGCAGAUGCCGCGCGGAAAAGGGGCUUUGCGCCGAUGGAAGGGUCGCGCAGCGAACAGCCGGACGCGCGCGCCCGCGCUGUGCUGCGUGCUGUGCCGGAAGAGGUGUUGAGGAAGCGGGGCCCGGAGAGGGUGGCAAAGGAUUUGCUGGUGGGCUUCGAUCCAGUCAGCAUCUACCUGGCCGGCCUGCAGCGGCGGUUCGACGGCGUUGCCACCUUCUGCGCAGAUAUUCUGGGCGGCCCACUCGUUGGGGUCAAGUGGAGCGCUCAGGUGUCGGCACCUCAUCAGUUGGUGGUCCAGAUCAGCCACGCAGUGCGGCCGACUUCUGCAGUCUCCACAGCAGCAGAGCCUUCCGCCAAGAAGGCCAAGAAAUCUGAGCGCAACGGCUCUGCGGUCAGUAAUGGAAUAGAGGCCGCAGCAGCAGUCGUGAGUGCUGUGGAGCUCGACAGAUCGGCAGCUCUGGAGGACAUGCGAGCGAUGGGGGCUGGUUUGGUGGAAGAGGGGCCUAGGGGAUUUGGGAAGUUGGAAUUCAGGCAGCGCCUGGGCGUCCGUGCCGACGCGGCAUUCGGGGCAAAGCCGGCAGUGGAGCAAUGGAGCCCUGUGGCCUUCAGCAAGCACCGUACAGUUGGCAUCCCUCCAGGUCUUCGGACCAGGAGUGCAUCGGUUGCCAAGCGUGGUCCCCUCAGCGGCGAGAUUAAUGUGCUCGUCGAGACGUCAGACCCGCCUGACAGGCUGCAUGUCUUGACUGAGGAGGCCCUGAACGAUGUGACCCUCAAGCUCAAGCUGAAGGGAUGGUUCACCACCAACCAGACGCUGGUGCUGGGGGAGAGGGAGCUGCUGAGGCAGGAAGUGCAGGACGAGCUGGCAAACGCGGCAGAUGCAGAGUUGGGCCCAAAAUUUUUGCACAUCGUGGUCAAGCUGGCGGACAUCGAGAGUGUCUACUUCAACACCGCCUCCGGCCGCAAGCUGCAAUUUGACCAGGAGACCGACCAGCGGCCCCGCAGCGCGCUGACUGCCGCCCUGGCCACCAGCCCGCGCAGGGAGGACGCCCCUGUAGACAGCACUAGCCUGGUGGUGCGGGGCCUGGUGCUGGGAAAGGGAGAGCAGCUGAGCAAGGAGCUGGCGCGCAAGGGGCCGCUGGAUGACAACGCCGUCGUGCACCUGGUCGUGCGCCGCACCGCCAAAGUCAGCUGGUCCGCGCACGGCAACGAGUUUGAGCUCUCCAUCUCCGCCUCCGACUCUGCCGAGACCGUCAAGCGGCGCGCAGAGGCGGUGAGCGGGCUGGUGUUUGACUCUCAUCAGCUGGUGCACAAUGGCGAGGUUCUCAGCGGCAAGUCUCUGGCAGAGUACGGCGUGCAAAAGGGCAGCGUGUUGGAGCUGGUCCCCUACGAGCCUUUCGUGCACGAGCCCAUGCCUGAGGGCUCUCCCCUGCUGUCCUCCCCCGCCCAUGAGCUGUUUGACGGCUUCCAGGCGGCAAGGGCUGGCCUGAAGAACGGCCACGCGCCAAAACUGGCCACCUCCGGCACUGGGGGGUCCUACUUCAUUGCCGGCGCUGACGGCAAGCCGGUUGCCGUGUUCAAACCCCUGGAUGAAGAGCCGCUGGCGAUCAACAAUCCCAAGAUGCACAAGGGUGACUCAUCGGGCUCCAGCGAUCACGGGCUGCGCCGGGGCAUCCGCCCUGGAGAGGGCGCCAUGCGCGAGGUGGCCGCAUUCCUAUUGGACCAUGACCACUUUGCGGGCGUGCCGCCGACCGCGCUAGUCAGCUGCCACGCCGGCAGCGAAGACGCCUCUCAGGGCGCCAAAGUUGGCAGCCUGCAGGCGUACGUGGAGGCGGAGGGAGAUUGUGAGGAGCGCGGCAUCAGCGCGUUCCCGGCGCAUGAGGUGCACAAGAUUGCGCUGCUCGACAUGCGCCUGGGCAACUGCGACCGCAACGGAGGCAACAUUUUGGUGAGGAAGGGGGCGGAGGGAGACAGGCAGCUGGUGCCCAUUGACCACGGCUACAUUCUGCCCGACUCUUUCCAGGACAUCUCCUUUGAAUGGCUCUACUGGCCCCAGGCCCGCUCCCCCUUUGACGAGCGCUCGCUGGCGUACAUAGAGGCUCUGGACGCGGAGCGGGAUCUGGCGAUCCUGGCGCAGCACGGGUUGGGCAUCCGCCCUGAGUGUGCGCGCAUUCUGCGCGUCCUCACCGCGCUGCUGAAGAAGGCUGCUCCUCGCGGCCUGUCUCCCUUUGACAUCGGCUCCAUCAUGUGCAGGGAGGGCAUGGGAAAAUCUCCCCUCGAGAAGCUGCACUCGCGCGCCACUGCGCAGGCAGCUGCAGCCGGGUCCAUGGUCUCCGCAGAACCGCUGUACCUCCGCUGCAUGCACCGCCUCAUGGACGAGUUCCUGGAGGAGAGUGUCUUGGACCAGCUCCCCAUCGGUGCUUGA